AUGACAGUGGACGUUAACGUAAAGGACGUCAGAAAAGCGGAAGACUUGAAGUUAUGGAGGCUCUGCCAGCGCGAGAAACCAAUUCCUACCUUGACAAAGGGCAAGGUUGUUCUCAUCGGCGACGCUGCUCACCCAAUGCUGCCCCAUCAAGGCCAAGGAGGUGGCAUGGCGAUUGAAGAUGGGGCUGCCUUGGGCGUCCUAUUUUCGAACCUCCGCUCCAAAGACGAAAUUCCAGAGCGCCUUGCCUUAUUCGAAAACCUACGUCUCGAUCGUGUUUCAGCCAUGCAGGUCUUCUCCAGCGUCGGACAGGAUGAGGCCGCCAAAAUCACGCAUCUGGCCCAACCAUACGUCAAAGGCUCCUUGCCGACUACCCCUGAACAAUACCAUGACUACAAUUUCACGCCCAACAUCCUACGUGACGCCGAGGAGAUGUUGAUUCAUCACCUUUGGACGAAGUCAGGUCAAAACAAUCCCCACAACGGAGAAAGAGGGGAAGAACCACUAUUAGACAUAGUGAAUGUACGCGAGGGUAAAGAAGAUGUUGGUUCAUCAUCUGAGAGUUGA